UUCAGUGCGCGCAUGUGAGUCACGUGACCGUGAUUUUAAAGCGGAAAUGACAGUCAGCUCCUCACAGACUCACGGGAGCUAAAAGGCAUAGCUUUACUGUGAUGUGUUGCGAUGAUGGCAUCUGCCAGUGUGUCUCAGUCUGCCAGCGUUCAGGCCACAGAGAAAUCCCAGUUGACCUUGAAGGUGUUGUCAGCUAAGCCUCAGUCUCCGAAGCUGCCAGGUCGUCACUCUCGUUUGAAUUCGUUUGUGGAGGUGACUGCUGACGGUUUGACCAGUGAAACAAAGAAAACAGGCAAACGCACAGGACACCUCGAGCUGCAGUGGAAUGAGGACCUCACCCUGAAUGUGACUCCUGAGAGUCAUUUAGACCUGAAGUUGUGGAGUUGUCACACUUUGAGGAAGGAGCUUUUAGGCAGUGCCACUAUUGACUUACUGGACACUCUACGAACACAUGAUGGCAAGAUGGAGAACGUUCAGCUCAGUCUGGUUCUGCAGACGGAGAACAAAGGCUCUGUUGUAGCAGGCGGUGAGCUUAACGUCUGUCUGGAUGGUCUGGUUGUUGAUUUGGGAUCUCUGCCCAACGGCAGUGCUGCCUCUGACAAAACUGUUCACUCCAGCAGGUCUAAUCUGCACAGAGCUCAGAGUGAAGAGACCCCCAGCACCAGCAACUCCCGUGGACGCAGUGUAGGUCACUCGUCAGCAGGUUCCCGAGGAGGUUCUCCAGCUGACGUCAGAGGAACUGCUCUCACUAAUGGAGAACUGAACGGAGAACCUGUAGACUCCACACACCGCCACAGCACAAAGACGGCCAACAGCAGCCCCAGUAACACUGGUAAAGGUGAGACAGCUGCUAAUGGGGUAGACAGCGGUCGACUGUCACGUGCAGCUCCAUCCUCACCAUCUCUGAACUCAACCCCCCCGGCUGGCACGGACAGCUCUGCUUUGCCACCAGCCACAGAGACCCUGUCCAGCAGCGAUCAGACCACUACAGACACACCCGCCACUGAUGCUCUGCCUGCUGGCUGGGAACAGCGAGUUCUGCCUCAUGGAAGGGUCUACUACGUGGAUCAUAACACAAAGACCACCACGUGGGAGAGACCCCUACCACCCGGUUGGGAGAAGCGUGUGGACCAGCGUGGUAGAUUCUACUAUGUGGAUCACAACACUAGAACCACCACAUGGCAGCGUCCCACCGAAGAGUCUGUGCGUAACUAUGAGCAGUGGCAGUCACAGCGCAGUCAGCUACAGGGAGCCAUGCAACAGUUCAACCAGAGAUACCUCUACCAGUCGUCUGGAGUUGCAGUUGAGAAUGAUCCGCUGGGCGCUCUUCCUCCAGGCUGGGAGAAACGUCAGGACAAUGGCAGAGUGUACUACGUCAAUCACAACACUCGAACUACACAGUGGGAGGACCCUCGAACCCAAGGGAUGAUUCAGGAGCCGCCCCUGCCGCCCGGCUGGGAGAUGAAGUACACAGCAGAGGGGGUGCGAUACUUUGUGGACCACAAUUCUCGCACUACCACCUUUAAAGACCCCCGACCAGGCUUUGAGUCAGGUUCGCGGCAGGGCGGCUCUCCGGGCGCAUACGAUCGCAGCUUCAGGUGGAAAUAUCACCAGUUCCGCUUCUUGUGUCAUUCCAACGCUCUGCCCAGUCACGUGAAGAUCUCUGUGUCACGACAGACUUUGUUUGAAGACUCGUUUCAGCAGAUCAUGAAUAUGAAGCCGUAUGAUCUGCGUCGGCGGCUGUACAUCAUCAUGAGAGGAGAGGAGGGGCUGGAUUAUGGAGGCAUUGCCAGGCAAUGGUUUUUCUUGCUCUCUCAUGAGGUGUUGAACCCCAUGUACUGUUUGUUUGAGUACGCUGGUAAAAACAACUACUGUCUGCAGAUAAACCCCGCCUCCUCCAUCAACCCCGACCAUCUAACAUACUUCCGCUUCAUUGGACGUUUCAUUGCCAUGGCACUGUAUCAUGGAAAGUUUAUAGACACUGGCUUCACUCUGCCCUUCUACAAGCGCAUGCUCAAUAAGAAACCUACCCUGAAAGACCUGGAGUCCAUUGACCCAGAAUUUUAUAAUUCCAUCAUGUGGGUCAAAGAGAAUGAUCUGGAAGAGUGUGGUGUAGAGCUGUACUUCGCUCAAGACAUGGAGAUUCUGGGUAAAGUGACGACACACCAGCUGAAAAACGAUGGAGAGAAUGAGCUGGUCACUCUGGAAAAUAAAGAGGAAUAUAUCAGUCUGCUUACGGAUUGGCGGUUCACACGGGGUGUGGAGGAGCAAACAAAGGCUUUCCUGGAUGGCUUCAAUGAGGUUGUACCCUUGGAGUGGCUGCGGUAUUUUGAUGAGAAAGAGUUGGAGCUGAUGUUGUGUGGGAUGCAGGAGAUCGAUCUGAAUGAUUGGCAGAAGAACACCAUCUAUCGGCAUUACACCAAAAACAGCAAACAGAUCCACUGGUUCUGGCAGGUCGUGAAGGAAAUGGACAAUGAAAAGAGAAUUCGCCUGCUUCAGUUUGUCACAGGAACGUGUCGACUGCCAGUUGGGGGUUUUGCUGAACUUAUAGGAAGUAACGGGCCACAAAAGUUCUGCAUAGACAAAGUGGGGAAGGAGACAUGGCUGCCAAGAAGUCACACUUGCUUCAAUCGACUGGAUUUGCCGCCUUAUAAAAACCUGGAGCAACUGCGAGAGAAACUUCUGUUUGCUAUCGAGGAAACGGAGGGAUUCGGACAAGAGUGAACAGGACCAAGAUGAUAAUUUAACCAAUAUCAUAUUUUCUUUGACUAGGCAUUACAUUAAACCACUUAUGUGGACUGAACUGAUGAACUCUGUUGAAGAGACCAGAGAUUGAUUUAUAGUUAAACAGAUCACUUACCGAUGGACCGAUGGAUUUAUGAUAUGAUCCUAUGAGUCGUUCAGACAUUUCAUUUAGGCACUUCAGGGAAUAAUACAUCUAAAUUUACAGUUCAGAUUUCACAUUUCUAUGUAGAGGAAACAUGCAAAUGAUGACACAAUUCACCACAUUAAAUUUAACUGCUUACAUUUUCAACGCAAUUAAAUUGAAUUCCCUGAACUGUUUAAAUCAAAAGGGGACUGAUUUUACUGGGAUUAAGGAGACUCUCAAACUCUCUUCUACAGCAUCCAAAACAAAAAUCAUCAUGAAAUUAUUAUAAUAAACAAUAAGAAGUUCAUUUGCAGAUGUAAGCAAAGCUCAAUGCAUCAUAUCAGUAUGUGUAUAUGCAACAAUUGAGAGAAAAUAAUUGUUUUAAGGUUGAUCAGACAUGAUUUUAUUAUUGUUUUAUGACAUGACAUGUUAAACUGUACAUAGUUGAAAUAAAAUCCAGUCAUGGAUUGUGAACACA